AUUCUCUUUCCAUCCGAGAUCUUGAACCGAUUUCUAGCAUCGUGGACACAAGGCUUAAGGACGUUCUCAAGAUGUUCUUCAGGUAAAGUGUGCUGUAUGAAUAUGAUUAUCAAUUAUACAAGACAUUUGACUGGAUAGACUUUUAGAACUUACGUCCGAUUGACAGAGACUAGACCAAUAUUUCCUUUGCCGGCUACAUCGGAAAGCGCCAAUCGAAAGUCGCUGUUAUGACCGAUGUAAAGAGGAUGAGAAUGAAAACCUAACGAAGCAUCAGUAUCAAAAAUGGCGGCGAAGAGUGGUGGUCACGAUGAGUGGCCCUCGGUGAUGAAACCGAUUUUAGGAUCAUCACCGCGCUCGUUUAAUAAAAAUGACGUUAUCGAUCUCGUAAAGAGCAUCGUUAAAAGCGAAAACAAAUUUGUCUCUCACGAAGAUCAAUAUGAUACUUUUUACACGGCGGUCGCUGCCUUGUCGGCGGAUUGUAUUAGCGGUUGCGCAAAUACGUUUACCAAAAGUCAAAUAUCUAUCAUUUGUCAAGCAUGCAAAGUAUUACUUACUUAUCUUGUGGACAAGUUGCCACAACAACAAACACAACCUGGAGAUACUGCACCAACGGUUUUGACUACCAAGCAGUUGCUACUCCCAAUACGUGCAUUAUGCACAGGACAAUCUUUACUUACAUCUGCAGAGGAAAUUGCUCUUGUUUCUGUAAUAAAAAAUUCCAAAGUACCAUCUUAUGUGACAGUUUUGUCAAGUGGAAAAGAAAAAGAGUCCCCUCAGCAAUCUGUGAAAGAGUCUAUGCGAACUCGUUGCGACUUGUCUACUAGUAUUCUCGAACAGUUAACAAUGCCACUGCAAGAUUUUUCGUCAUCUUUGAUUCUUAAUAAUGAAAGUUCCAUGGAUAAUAUGAAUAAAAAUACUAAUGUCACCACAAAUGAGACGCAUUCUGACACUAAGAUGAUGUUUAUUGCAAACAAUAUAAGCACAUUACAGAAUAUGGGAGCGGGUGACACUUUGUUGGAUAUGUGUUUAAAUCUUCCACAUUUGUCGCGUUAUACCAGAAAAUAUCAAACUUAUUUGUCUAAAAAAGGAUUUAGCUUGCCGGCGAAUACUUCAGAAGCACAUACAAUAAGGCAUAGCUUGCAUUCUGUUGUCAGUGACAUUAAUAUUGUACAUAAUGUGAUAUCUCUCCCGAUACUUGAGCCUUUGACACCACAAAAACUGGAAAAGUUGUCAUUAUUAACUAUGUCUUGUCUAUAUUGUUCAAUUGCAAAUGCUACAGCGUCAAGUAUAGUUGGUAUAACAAAUGCAGUAUCACCCAAGUGUAGUACAAAUACCACAACAAAUAGUCAAACCAAUCAGAAUGCAAAAACCACUGAUGAAGAGUAUGAUACUUUAGCAAUUACAGUUGUUGAGAAGAGUUUAGAAAUAUUUGGCCAGGUAUCAAAUGUUAUUAAAAAUAGCACGCGUGCCGGAGGACAUAUUCUACAAAAUCACUUGCUUAUUGGAGUGUGGCUUUUAGUCGCUGGAUUACAAGCACAAUUGACUGUGAGCAGUUUUAGCGCUGCAGAUAAAGGGAAAGAAGAAAAGGGAAAAUCACCAAGCAAAGCUCGCGAUGGAAGUGGACGUGUAAAUCUUAUGAAAGUGCAACAAGGAUUUGGUGUUUUGUCAGUGGCAUUAGCAUCGCAUGCAUUGAACCUAAUGAGCGCACUUCUGGAAGAUGUAUCUAUCGAAGCUAAUUCCGAUGCAGUUGUGGCAGUUCCUGAACCAGCGCCGCUGGAUAUUUUAUCUACCGCUACAGCAUUACAAAGAGCAGUAACGUUCCUACAAGCAGUGCCAUUGAAUCAUUUGCUAUUUUAUUUGGCUACUAUUAGUUACAGAAAGGCAUGUACAUUGAAAAGAGUACAAAAACAUCCUUUAGAAGGAGAUGCAUUGAGUCAAUCGGAUUCUACUACAUAUUAUGAAGAUCUUUUGAGUUGUUCAGAGAAUUCCACUGAUGAAGAACAAACUAUUAUGUCGGCAGAGGAGGACAGCGAACCUAUUUUGGGAUUAUGGUUUGAGGAAACCAUUGCUCCAUCAGACGAGACUUCAACAAACACUAAUAAAGAAACAAAUAAUGAAGCAAGUGCGGAACGCACUACCACUACCACUAUCGUUCCUGACAAUCGAGAACCACAUGGCGUACAAUGGAAUCUAUUCGCUGCAACUAGCUUAGUAUGUGAUACAAAAGAUGGAAAUAAACAGACUGCCAGAGCUUUUACUCCUUGGGUAGAAAUAGAAGAUAAUUAUCGCAAAUAUGGUUCACAAGAUGAAUUUUCAAUGAAACCACGUUUUUAUAAUUUAUCAAGAACAGAUUUUAAUAAUCAGGACGCACCAAAGUUGGAUGGAUUGGCCUGCAAUUUUAUUUUGGGUACACCAGAUAAAAUGAAAUAUCCUCUGUUAGUUGAUGCUUUAAUUGAUAUCCUGAAUGUACUUAAUCAAACUGAUAUGCAUAGAAAAAGCGGUGCUGACAAUAAGGAAAAAAUUACAUUUACUGGAUUAUGUGCAAUUCAAUAUUGUUUUUCUAUAUGUUGGGAAUUAUUAUUGAUGCUACCUCCUUCAACUCCUUACAUGAAUAAACUUGCUCUUGGCGAAGAGAUACCAGCUGGUCCUAUGCUGCUUCAUUCACUGAUAUGGGGACCAAGAGCUGCGUAUAAAACUUUUACUGGUUGGAUGAAGGAUUGUUUAGUAAAGCAAGGAAUGUAUACGCAAUACGCAGAAAAUUUGUUGAAAACAGUAUCGUCCACUGUAAACUCUUUAAAAUAUGACGUCACCCUUGCAAAGAAUUGUAUCAUUUCACUUAAACCUGAAUACAAUGCUACAGACAAAAUAAUGCCGAAAGCAUCAUUGCCAAAACUUGGUUCUUUAUGUAUAUUGGCUGCAGUCGUUGGAAAGCUACAAGUUCUCAUGGAUGAAAAUAUAUCGAAAAAUUCUACUGAGAAUAUUGAAACUUCCAAGAGUACGCAGAACGUGGAUUCUGCGCCGUCAAACAGAACUAAAAUGAUAAUCGAAAUUUUACCUCAUAUUUUAUCGUUGACAGAUGCCAUUUUGAUGUCAUGUCGAUCUAACAUAUUGUACCAUACAUUUGAAUCUAUCGAAGAACAUAGAAAGUACGGUAUGCGGGACUAUCUAAUUCUGGAUAAUAUAUUAUCAAUGGCAGGUGCAAAUUGGGAAACGGAAACAUCGUUAGUUUCAUUUUUGCCAAGCUGUGUGAAAUCAGCGCUAGACAAAUGGAAGAGUAUCGCGUUUGCUCCUGUGUCUUGGAAUACAUACGCGAACGAUAUAAUACCAGCGGAGAGUUAUAUUUUUACUACGGUGAAUUAUCACGUUAGUUCUUUAUCUGAACAUCCGACGUUCUCUAUUAAUCCGUCCUUGAAGAAUUUGUUAUAUUGCUUGGUCUCAUUUAUGAUGGAGUAUAUUACUUCUGCAACAGCCCCGGAAUCACAAUCGGAGAUACAUACUCAAGCCGUAGACAUUCUCAUUUCAUUGUCAAUGGAUGCUCGUACUGACUACCUACGAGAGAUGGCUACCAAUACUCUAACCAAAUUAUUGGGCCAAGAUAAUGAUAAUGAAGCGCGACUCUUGCGCGAACAUUUAUUUGUAUUAAAUCACACUUACAAUUUGAUAAUCGAGUAUACCGAUAAUACAGAUGGAUCCAUUAAAGUUGUCAUUGACGAGGAUAUUUUGGAUCAGUGUAUAAAAUAUUGGGAACGAUUAUUGGAAAAGCCUCUUGGAUGUAAAGCUUUAGAUAUGUUCUUCGCGCCCGACACGAAUCGUAGUCUUGUGUCUGUUUUAUUAUCUAUAACGUCGCCUCAAGCUUCGUCACAGUUUAGCACAUACGUUUUCCAAUUCUUCAGCGCAUUAUUCAGAACGACUGAGAAACCGGGUGACGGUUCGUUGGAUCGUCUUUGCAAUUCGGUGGUUAGUUUUGCCAACGUUGAAAGCGACAAAUUGCAGACAUGGUUAAGACACGUUAUAUUGGGAGUGACGAAUGUGCCGGCGACAAUUUCUACAACGAAUAUACCAACACCCACAGCCGGCACUGCGAAUACAUUGGUAACUGUUUCUGGAACCUCGGAGGAAAGUCAGAAACCGGAUGAAAGAAACAACGCAUCUAAUAACGAACAAGCGCAAUGGACAAUUUCCGAUAGUUCCAACAAUCAGCCUACGACUAGUAACGAUGAGCAGCUUACGAUCCACGAGAACAGUCGUUUCUUGCGGGCGCUUACAAAUUACAUAGUGAAAGAUAAAAGUAGUUUCAGUGCGAACGUUUCGAUAACUAUUCUUCAAGUUCUCAUACCAUUAACGUAUCAUAUUCUGUCUCCUACCAUCGAAGGAAAUCGAUUUGUGCACUUGAUGCAUAUUAUGUCUACAUUAGCUGAUGCUGGAUUGGAAAAAGGGCACACGUUGCUGUUCAAAGCUGCAACCGAAUGGGUCGAACUCUGCAAGGAGCAGAUAAUGAACAAGGAUUCGCAGACUUUUGACAAACCGUCGCCGUACAUCGAAGCGGGUUGUUGUAUAUUGAAUUACAUAGCCGAUAUUGUGGGCGCGAUUUGCCCGCAGCAGGCACAAUCUCAAGAUCGAGCCAUUAGCCCGCCUUGGGAAGGCGCUAUACCGAAUAACGAUGUAAAUGACAGCGACUGGGUAGACGAAAUUCCGCACGAUGAUGAUGACAGCGCGGCCGAAGAUUCGGACGAGGACAGUCUCUGUAACAAAUUAUGCACUUUCACGAUUACGCAAAAGGAGUUUAUGAAUCAGCAUUGGUACCACUGCCACACGUGUAACAUGGUCGACGGGGUCGGUGUCUGCACUGUGUGCGCACGAGUCUGUCAUCGUGGCCACGACGUCACAUACGCUAAGUACGGAAAUUUUUUCUGUGAUUGCGGCGCCAAAGACGACGGAUCGUGCCAGGCGUUGACAAAGCGCAGUCCGCAGAGCUCAGAACAUCAAGUAGGCGGUAAUAUGCCGUACAACAAUGCUGGCGCGCCUGCGGAAAGCAGCAAUUUGCUCCUCACGAGCAGCCUGCGCCGAAGGGCGUCCAGUCCCGUGCACCUGUAUGACAAGCAUGAGAGAAGCGGACGCGACACUCAAAGACAAGCGUAUUUGGCAAAACAAUUGGAGUCAUCUAAGGAUUGGAUACAAUCUCAACUGAUAAAGAGUGGAUUGGUGUCUUCGUUGGUGGAUCUGACACGGGCGUUGGUACCCGCGGUAGAUACUUCCUGUCAGCGAUACUCACCCGUCGGCUGCCACACACGGGCCCAAUUGGCACUUAAACGCUUACACACACUUGACAAGAAGUUCGAGCACACGGAUCAGCUUAUGUUACCCACGUUGGGAUCGCAGGAGGGCGCGUUUGAAAACGUUAGAAUGAAUUAUUCGGGAGAUCAGGGUCAGACGAUCAGACAGUUACUCUCCGCUCAUAUGAUACGACGUGUUGCCAUGUGUUGUCUAUCAUCUCCGCAUGGUAAGCGACAACAUUUGGCCGUCUCGCAUGAAAAGGGCAAGAUAACGGUGUUGCAGCUAAGCGCAUUGCUGAAGCAGGCUGACUCUUCUAAAAGGAAGUUAACUCUGACAAGGCUCGCCUCGGCUCCGGUACCCUUCACCGUUCUUUCAGUCACUGGGAAUCAAUGGAACGAGGACUUCCUAGCAGUUUGCGGCUUUAAGGAUUGUCACGUGCUCACAUUCAACAGUUCCGGAACAGUGUCCGAUCAUCUAGUGUUACAUCCUCAGCUUGAAAGUGGAAACUUUAUUAUUAAAGCCCUGUGGCUUCCCGGUGCACAGACACAAUUGGCAUUGGUCACCGCUGAUUUCGUUAAAAUUUACGACUUGGGAAAGGACGCAUUAAGUCCACAGUAUUAUUUUCUUGUGCCGACGGGAAAAAUAAGGGAUUGCACUUUCAUGCAUGCAGAAGACGGUACAUUCCAUAUGUUGCUUAUGUCUUCUGCCGGGUAUAUCUAUAGCCAAGUAAUGGACGAGGAAAGCCAGGCCAAGCAUGGUGCUUUCUAUGUGACGAACACGUUGGACGUUUACCAUCCGGAGAUAAAAGACACUGGCCAAGUGUGCGGCGGAGGUGUUUCUAUUUACUAUUCUCACGCUCUACAGUUAUUGUUCUUCAGUUACGUUUGCGGCAAGAGCUUCAUAGCGCCGCUGAAGCACAUGGACUCCGACAUCACAGUGGUAUUUCAAAUUAAUCUCGCCAGUAACAAGACGAAUGGCAAUAAGUCUAACAAUAAUCAGCCGCAACCGUUGUGCCAAUGGAGCGAGGUGGCGAAUCAUCCUGGAUUAGUCUGCUCCAUCCUCCAGACCAGCAAUAAUCCGGUGAUACUGAUGAUCAAGCCCGAUACGAUCAUGAUACAAGAAAUUAAAAUUAUGCCUGCGAAGGCAAAGAUCAUGGACAUGGUUGCAAUUCGGCAUCCCAGUUCGAACGCGGAGCACCGCACGACUUUGAUAUUGUUGUGCGAAGACGGAAGCUUGAGAAUCUAUAUGGCCGGUAUGGAGCAGACCGGAUUUUGGAUGUCGUCCACAGUACAACCGAUUAGUACUACUGCUGGUAUUAAACCAACGCGAAAGAAGAAGGCUAACAAAAUGGGGAAACCAUCAGGAUCAAUCUCGUUUCCUAUUGACUUUUUUGAACACUGUCAGGUUAUGAACGACGUCGAAUACGGCGGUAACGAUUUACUGCAGAUUUAUAACGUCGCGCAAAUCAAGCAUCGUUUAAACACCACCGGAAUGUAUGUGGCCUCUACAAAAUCCAUGGGCUUUAAUGUAGAAGUGACGAAUAAUGACGCGAUUUUAGUAAUGACAGGAAUAAGAGUACUUUUUGGCAAUCAAGAUGUUCAAAAAGCACCACUGUACAUUGAAGUAUUUGGCAGAAGUAUUCGAACUACAUUAACUAGAAGUCGCUGGUUUGAUAUUCCUUUAACGAGGGAAGAAAGUCUCCAAGCUGAUAAAAAAUUGACGAUUACUUUUGGACCAUCUCAAGAUCAAGAGGGUGUCAUUAUGGUCGAUUCUAUCAAAAUAUAUGGCAAAACCAAGGAUGCAUUUGGAUGGCCUGAAGAAAUAGAAGAAAUUCAAUCUUGUCCACCAACAUCCGCACCGGUGACGACAGUCAAUAAUGAAACUGAUAAUACUAUUGUUUCUGCAUCAUUGUCUUCGAUCAACAAAACGACAAAGGAUAGUUCGAUUAACAUGGAAAGGAUGAUAUCCAGCAUUCUUGAAGUCCUGGAAUCUUCAUUUAUCUUAUCCUCGCAUGAUGACAAAACUUCAUUGAAAACCACAGCUAUUGAUGUCGCAUCGCGAUUGUUAAUAUUACCUACUCCACCAUCGGUGCAAAUGCACACAACAGCUUUGUUAGCUGCUCUUCAUAGCACUAAACAGGCUUAUCACCUUCACAAGGAUCAUGCGUUGCUAUCGCAUGUACUUGAGUCCUUAAAGUCAAUGCGAGAAUCUAAGGAUCCUGCAGAUAUAGAUGCGGAGAACUUUUACAGGCUUGUACUUAUUGUUCGUGCUAUUGCCGUUUCUCGACCGCACAAUCUCGCUAAAUUCGCUGAACAAUACGCAAAUAAAUCAAUUGAUGAAAGCACCGUACCCGUUUUCGAGAAAGACCGUCUAGAAGUUCGUUCGAACAAGGCUGAUGUGAAUCAACAUUUAGUCAUUCAAUUGAUGGAGAUAUUAUGGUCUCUACAUAUGGCGUAUCCUAAGAAUAUGGCACUUGCACCAGUAGUCGUUCCAGGACUUACGCAUGCUGAGGGAACAGUUUACGCAAUCGUAGAGAUCAUUCAUGCCUUCACGAUAUGCGAUGUUGAAAACAAUACUGCAAUAGCUGCUAAAUUAUAUCUACAAUUAUUAUUGUCUUCAGAUACCACGAUUAGUUUUAGUGCCAAGCAUGCGAUAAUCAGAGUGCUUAGGCCUAGAUACAAACGCAGAAGAGUUUAUAUACCGAGUCCGCCAAAUUGCAGUACUCCAGGUGUAGUUCCUGAAACUGAAGAAAAAUCUACGUCCGUUCCGUCACAGGCAUCUCAAGACGUGGUAGAGCGCGAUGUAGAACAGCAAUUUGACAUCGAAGCUGUCGAGGCUGUGGACAGAGUGGCAGUUAUGCUUGGCGCCGAAGGCAAUCAGAAUUCUGCUGCCGCGAGGGUGGUUAAUCAUCCGUUGGAAGCGUUGCUCGGUGCUGGUAAUUUCCCACAGUUACUCGAUAUGCCGCCGGACGCUGACGACGAAGCGAUGGUAGAACUCGCGAUAGCCCUCAGUUUACAAGAUCACGAAGGAGCCGCUGAUUUGCAAGCGUUGCGGCAAGGAUUCCAGCAAGGCUUUCCUAAUUUGCAGGGUAUACAAAGUCUUCAGAAUCUAAGCGGUUCCACAUUGCAAAGUUUACAAAAUCUAGCGGCUCAGGGAUUGGUUCAAGUGCCGAACGCUGUUCAGGCCCAAGAAGGUGGACAUUACUCUGAUACGACUGCUUCCGCGGGUGGUUCUGACGAUGAAGGAUCAACUGCAGCAACUGAUGGUAGUACUCUUCGAACAUCUCCCGCUGAGCAAGGUGGUAGUGGUGGUAGUAAGGGAAGCGAGAGUGGUGGAAGCGAUAGCGGAGGCAGUGCCGUUGAUAGCAUGACAGGAGAGCAUAAUGUUUCUGGCAGGAGUUCCGCAUAUGGAGACAAUGCUCCUGAUAAUGCUAUGGCUCCGAUUGGAAUUGGAGUCAGCCAAGCACCACGUUCUGAAACUAAUACUUUAGAUGUUCCUACAACCUUCACUACUACUGAGCAAGAAGAAGGUACUGAGCAAGAACAAGGUGUUGAACAGGAAAGUGAUACAACUGGUGAAAUCACUGUGAAACUACAUGCUAUAAGACUUUUAUUAUUGGAUAGAUUUACUCAAUUUGUACCCAAUUUGAUAAAUGUUCGAGGAGUGCUUGCCAUUCCAUUUAUGCAGGUUGUACUAAUGUUAACUGCUGAUCUUGACGGGCAAGACGAAAGAGACAAAGCUUGCAUAGAACGCUUAUUGCAAAUGCUCGUGAAGGAACUGGAGAUGGACAAGCCUGAUACAAACAACAUAUGUGAGCGUAGCAACAAGAGAGAAGUUCAUUUGGUUAUUAUGCGCUUACUAAGCGUUCUUAUGUCUCGCUCGAAAUACGCUACAAAGACUCCUUCGGAUAAUCCGAAUUUUGUAUCACAAACUACUGCAGCAAUAUUGAGCAAAGCUAGUAUUAUCGACUAUUGUUUGACGUUAUUACAGGCCUUACUCGAUUAUUGGAAAACUACCAAUACGGAAGAUUCUGGUACUAUGAUCGGAGGUCAGUUACUUAAGGAACAUCUUACAACGUCGCCUCCAGAUAUGUCGCCAUUCUUCCUACGACAAUAUGUUAAGGGUCAUGCUGGCGAUGUGUUUGAACCCUAUCCUCAAUUAUUGACGGAAAUGGUACUACGAUUGCCGUAUCAGGUGCACAAAUACGCGGAAAGUAGCGUGGUGCAGCCUGCAUUCGAACAACCAUGGUAUUUCUAUCUUUGCGAGUACAUGAUGUCGUAUCAGACUCCAUUCGUCAGGCGACAAGUACGUAAAUUGCUGCUCUUCAUAUGCGGCAAUAAAGAGAAGUACAGACAAUUGCGGGAUUUACACGCUCUCAUAUCUCACGUGCAGUCCGUGCAACAAUGUUGUACUGCUGGUGGUUAUGAUCCGCCGCAUGCACGUCCGCAUUCCAUUAAUUUACCGUAUGAUUCUUUGGUGGAAUUGAUCGAACAUCUCAAAUGUUGCGUGGAGAUUGCUACCAGUCGCACAGGAAAUUGGCAACGAUUUUGCUUAAAGCAAAACACGGUUCUAUCGUAUUUCUUCGCCAUAUCGACACUCUUAGAUGAAGGCGUGAGCCCUACAGUGCUUCAAUUAUUGCAAUGUGCUAUCUGUUCAAAUAAUAAAUCCAAAGAAACAAAGGACACUAAGUCAAAGGAAUCGAAAUCUACGACUGGCACAAAAGAGAGGCGUGAACGUGAAAAAUCGGAAGAUUCUGAUACAGAGGCUAAAUUCGAAGAAGCACAAUGCUUGACUCUAGUCGAACAAAUUCAAAAGCAAGUUCAUCCCACAUUGCUGAUGAAGUUCAUACAAACUUUCCUACUUGAAACGAACAAUACAAACGUUCGCUGGCAAGCGCAUUCUCUUAUAUUAGCAAUAUACAAAAACUGUGGACCAACGGAUCAGGAAGUCUUGCUGGAUCUUCUAUGGCGUUUGUGGCCUCUACUCCCAGCAUAUGGCAGGAAGGCAGCACAGUUUGUCGAUUUACUUGGCUACUUCUGUCUAAAAACGCCACAUGCCGGAAAGAAGAUGCACACAUACAUGGAACAGGCGGUUGCUGUUUUGCACGCGCAGAAUCAGUUACUCGCGCGACAUCCUAACGCGAAUCUUUAUGUAAAUCUGGCACAAUUCGUUGAAUUAGAUGGUUAUUAUUUGGAAAGUGAACCUUGCCUCGUCUGUAAUAAUCCAGAAGUACCGAUGGCGACGAUCAAACUGUCGUCAAUUAAGGUAGAUUCUAAAUUUACAACAACGACGCAGAUCGUGAAGUUAGUCGGUAGCCACACCAUCAGUCGCAUCACUCUCCGUAUAGGUGAUCUGAAGAGAACAAAGAUGGUCCGUACUAUCAAUGUCUAUUACAACAAUCGAUCAGUACAGGCUGUCGUGGAACUGAAGAAUAAACCAGCCAUGUGGCACAAGGCUAAAAAAAUUACACUUGCCCAGGGGCAGACGGAAGUCAAAAUGGAAUUUCCUCUUCCAAUAGUAGCCUGCAAUCUCAUGAUCGAAUAUGCCGAUUUCUAUGAAAAUAUCCAAGCUUCGUCUGAGACGCUGCAGUGCCCACGAUGUUCCGCUAGCGUUCCGGCGAAUCCUGGCAUAUGCGCGAAUUGCGGCGAAAAUGUGUUCCAAUGUCACAAGUGCCGCGCGAUUAAUUACGACGAGAAAGAUCCGUUCCUAUGUCACGCUUGCGGAUUCUGCAAAUAUGCGAAAUUCGAUUACACCCUAACCGGCAGGCCGUGCUGCGCCGUUGAUCCCAUAGAAAACGAUGAUGAUCGAAAGAAGACAGUGGCGACAAUUAAUACUUUACUCGAAAAGGCGGACAGAGUAUAUAAAACUUUGAUAUCCAACAAACCUACAUUGGAAAUGCUUCUCGUUAAGAUAUCUGAACACCGUUUGGAUCGAGGAUUAGAAGAAGGUAUACAGGUGCCUGGCAGUACCCAAGUGAACAGAGCGAUCCAGCUACUCGCACAGAGAUACUGCGGCGAAUGCAAGACCUCUUUCGAGGAGCUCAGCAAAAUCAUUCAACGCGUUCUAGCCUGUCGCAGGGAGCUUGUUGCGUAUGACAGAAAUCAACGUGGUCAAAGUAGCUCGCAAUCGUCAUACGGUACGUCCAGUGCGAGCGAUGUUAUAAAGGAUGAGACAAUAGUUUCGCCGGUUGGACGGUGUUACGGCUGUGCAUCUGCUGCGACGGAACACUGCCUAACAUUGUUACGUGCAUUAGCCACCAAUAGUGUAGCCAGAGAUGUUCUGUGCAAACAAGGAUUGAUUCAAGAACUCGUAGAGCACAAUUUGCGAAAGGGUACGGUACAAAUGCAAGAAGAAGUGCGACAAUUAUUGUGUCUCGUCACGAGAGAUAACGCACAAUCGACUAAGGAGAUAUGCUCGCUUCUAACUAAUCGAAUCACGUUGACACUUCGCGGACGAGUCGCCACUCCUGAUCUCUCGGUUGCUGUACGGCAUGAAAUGGCUCUUCUUGCGGCACUCGUGCAAAAGGAGGACUCGUGCUGGGAACAAAAAUUGCGAUGCGUAAUGCAAUUAUUCUUAACGGCCUGUAAGGAGUCGAAAAGUCCGGUCGUAAUGGAAAGCAUCAUACUGCCAUGUCUGAAAAUUCUGCAAGGUCUCAUUAAACCCGAUCAACCGAUAUCAAAGAAAAAUAAAGAUAAAACCAUCGAAUCUCUGGCGACUGUACAACCACCAGAAGACGUCAGUAUUGAUGUGGGCAAAUGGAUCAGCGGCGAUCCCAAGCAUUCGUAUUCCGAAUGGCUCCGCCGUAUGCCGGCUAAGAAAACGGAACCGUCCACGGCUAAACCUCUUAAAAAGGAGGAGGCUCACGUAUUGUAUUUGAUGGAAAAAUAUGGAUACAGGUGGCAUCAACGUUGCAUGAGACAUCAAGGUGUUCAACCACUAAGAUUAUCGGACGGUGCUUGGUUGAAGGAAGUUCUCUUUAAUCCUAGUUCUCGUCUGGCACGCCAAGUCGCUUGUAAUAUGAUCGAGAGCCUAUGUCAAGGUAUAGAGAGGAAGAAGGAGGUUUUGGUUUUACUGACAUAUUACUUGGAAGAACUACGUACUGCUGGCGAGAGCAGUACAGAAUUUCUCACGUUAUAUCAAAGUUUAAUCAGACAAUCACCCUGGAAGCAAUUCCUAGCAAUACGCGGUGUAAUGACUUUAUUGGCGGAACUUUUAACCCGGGAAAUAGAGGAAUUACAUAGACUGGAAGAGACUACUUUAACUAGCGAUCUGGCUCAGGGAUACUCGUUGAAAAUGCUCACAGAACUUUUGGCGACUUUCUUGGAACAGGAAAAUAUUAAACAGCAGUAUAAAGGUCGACUAGUUGGCGCGGUGCUGAACGGUUAUCUGUCCCUCAGGAGACUCGUUGUUCAGCGUACUAGACUGAUAGAUGAUACGCAAGAGAAACUAUUAGAACUUCUAGAAGAAAUGACUACUGGCACCGAAGAAGAAACAAAGGCAUUCAUGGCAAUUUGUGUCGAAACGAUACAAAAGCAGAAUCCUCAAGACGUUCGUACUCCAGUGUUCAUAUUUGAAAGAUUGUGUUCGAUUAUUUAUCCAGAAGAAAACGAUAUCGGUGAAUUUUUCUUGACGCUUGAAAAGGAUCCGCAACAAGAAGAUUUUCUGCAGGGAAGAAUGUUAGGAAAUCCUUAUAGCAGCUUGGAACCUGGUCUCGGUCCUCUUAUGAGAGACGUCAAAAAUAAAAUUUGUCUAGAUUGUGAAUUAGUUGCACUUUUGGAAGAUGAUAAUGGAAUGGAACUUCUUGUUAAUAACAAGAUUAUUAGUUUGGAUCUUCCUGUUAAGGAGGUUUAUAAGAAAAUUUGGGUGUUGGAAGGUGGUGAAUGCGAUGCCAUGCGCGUAAUAUAUCGUAUGCGUGGUUUGCUAGGAGACGCGACUGAAGAAUUUGUUGAAACCUUGAACGCCAGUAGCGAGCAAGAAGUGAAUAACGAGGAAGUCUACAAAAUGGCAAAUGUGCUAGCAGACUGUGGCGGUCUUCAAGUUAUGUUAGACAGAUUGGCAGCGAUACACGAUGUGAAUCGUGCGAGACCUCUUCUUCAAGUUCUAUUGAAAUUGUUCAGAUUGUGCGUGAAAGUGAAGAAGAAUCAGGAGGUCUUAAGCAAACCCGAAUUGGGAGCGGUGACUGUAUUUUUAGACGUUCUUCAACGUUGUCUCACUACAGAGUCUGAAAAUUCCCAAGCGAAAAUUACCGAACAGUUAUUAGACAUCAUGGAAACAAUAUUGGCAAACGCGGCUUCGCAACCGUUUAGUGCGUUUGAAGCAUUUUCGCGUACUCUCGGUGGUCCGGAGCAUAUCAAGGCCCUUUUAUCCUGUACACAAUCUACAGCGGUUAGGCAAAGCACUAGCGUGCUCGCACACCUUGCGAGAGUCUUGGCAGCGUUGACAUAUGGCAAUAAAGAGAAAAUGGCACUGCUAUGUGAUUACUUCAAACCCGUGUUAAAUUUUUAUAAGUUCGAUUUUGAACACACACCUGAGGACGAGCAGAAGUUAGAAUUAUUCUGUAUACUCACACAAGGCAUUGAACGAAAUGCGAUUGGUAACACGCUGAAAGAUUAUAUCAUAAGUAUGGGUAUAGUAAAAGAUGCUUUUGAGUACAUCACUGUACAUGCGCCAUGCGUUAAACCCACGUUGUUACGUACAGAUAGCGACGAGCUGAAGGAAUUCAUAUCUAAACCAGCUCUGAAAUAUAUUCUACGAUUCCUCACGGGUUUAGCUACAGAUCACGAGCCGACUCAGUUGACAGUCUCGCAAGUAACCAUUAGUAUCAUUCAUCGACUGGAACAAGUAUCUUCAAACGAACACGUUGGCUCGCUAGCGGAGAAUUUAUUGGAAGCGUUAUGUACCAAUAAGAGAGUAGCUGAACUUAUUGAAGAAGCCCGCCAGCAUACACGCAGCGAGAAAAAACGCUUAGCUAUGGCGAUGCGAGAGAGACAACUUGGCGCACUUGGUAUGCAAACGAAUGAUAAAGGUCAAGUCACUGCUAGCGGAACGAUUCUGCAGCAAAUGGAAGACCUGGGCGAUGAGACUGGACUGAUCUGUGUUAUUUGUCGUGAGGGAUACAAGUUUAAACCAAAUAUGGUGUUAGGCGUUUAUACAUUCACGAAGCGUUGUAAUGUAGAAGAAUUUGAAACGAAGCAACGAAAAACUGUAGGUUACACCACUGUCACGCACUUCAAUGUGGUCCACGUAGAUUGUCAUAUGUCUGCAGUGCGUUUGGCGCGCGCUAGAGAUGAGUGGGAAAGCGCGGCACUGCAGAACGCUAAUACGAAAUGCAACGGGCUGUUGCCAUUAUGGGGCCCGCAGGUUCCAGAAUCCGCAUUUGCCAGCUGUUUGGCUAGGCACAAUACCUAUCUGCAAGAGUGCACUAGUCACCGCGAUAUAUCUUAUUCGUCGACAAUUCAUGAUCUGAAGCUGCUUCUUUUGCGAUUCGCUCAAGAGAAGAACUUCCAUGAGGACACCGGUGGUGGAGGUCCCCAAUCAAAUAUGCACAUAGUACCAUAUUUAAUACACAUGGCUCUGUAUGUCGUUAAUACAACGCGAUCGGCAACCAGAGAGGAUAAAGCUUUAAUGACUUAUCUAGAAGUACCGCCAGGCUCGGCGUGGCUCGAUAAUUGUUACGAAGCAGAAGGUCCAUUGUAUCAGUGCACACUUUCGCUACUUUUACUCACGCCCGCUCGUUGGAAAUCUCAUAGACUUACACACCUCAAUCGAUUACUCAUCCUCGCACAUCAACGUUACGUGUCUCCAUCAGCUACUACUAAGACCAUCAUGGAACCAACCGCCAAGGAUUACGCUAUUUACAAAAGCAUUCUAAUCUUCUUUGGUCUAGUGGACUCUAUUUAUGCAAACUUCUUUAAGAAAGUAAACGUUUUGUCCGACGACCAGUGGCCUUCGGUACUAGCUGAAUAUAUCAGGCACAAUGACGAAGCCAUGUUAAAAGCCUCGGAACGCGUGCUUUCAUCGUAUCGCGAUGAAUUAGUACCAUGCACAUCAUUCGAGGAGUUUUGCGAUAUUGUUGGCUUAUUAGAAGAUAUAAGAAAUCCCUCUACGUAUAUUAAUGAUGUUCUUCGACGCCUUGCUUGAAGAUACUGGAAGUUCUCUUUGUGUAGCUUACUGCAUUAUCGUUAUCGGCAAAUCAGUUUUUCUUCCCGUUUUUUCGCCCAAUUGAUAUAAUCGUUUUCAAAACUUUUCUAUUAAAAGAGGAUUUUCAUGUCCUGUAUUAAAAAUUGAUUCGACGUGAUAUAUACCCAACAACAAACGAAAUUGUUUAGGAUGAACGUUGCGUUAUACAUGUGAUCAGAAAUAUAGAUUAUUAUAAAUUAUUCUUCAUCGCUACUAUAUAAACCUUUACUUGUAGACAGAUGUGUAUAUGGAAAAAAACAUGCUUUAAUAAAAUGCGACUAAAUAAAAGUGUUUAAAUAUA